AGUGUUUAGUUUAAAACCUCUACUUAAUACUUAAAAAAAAAAAAAAUUAUAUAAAAAUCAAUUUAAAAAAGAAAUUAAGGAAUUUUAAAAAUAUUCCUUUUUCGGGAAGUGCAAUUAAAAAUGAAUAAUUAUGGCAGACUAAAAAGUUUAACAGGAACAAUUUUGCUGAUAAUCAUUAACUUACCCGGUGGCAUUGCUUUAGUUAAUUCACCCAAAAUCAUUAUCAAGGACGGCAAUCUGAUUUUCGAAUCUGGUUUAGAUCGUAACAUAAGUUUUCGUCUGUCGGGCAGGUCGCGUUUAAAUAUAAACGAUGACUACGAUUUAUUGGAUUUAUUAAUACAAAAUAAGAAGGGGCGUACAUCAACCGCUUUGGGGGAAGGUAAUGAAGAAUGGACGGAGGAUGAGGAGGCCAUUCUUAAGCAAUUAACUUCGGAAAUGGACUCAGUGAAAAGAAGAGUUUUUGGACCCAAUGGAUUGCAGUAUCGUUUCUUUUUAUUGCAAAAUCGUACACGCGUAGCUCAGCAAUUAUUGCGGCUUUAUAAUAAUCGUUUGCAGCAAGCAGAAAACCGAUUCAAAAUUCUGCAAGAAAGGCUGGAAAAAAAGGCAUGCCUAAGUAAUCCUUGUGAAAAUGGUGGAUCAUGCUUUAAUAUUUUUGACGGGUUUAUGUGUAAAUGCCCGAAGAGUUUCGAGGGUCCGACGUGCAAUCAAGAUGUCAAUGAGUGCGCUUUAUAUGCAGGCACUGAUUUAGGCUGCCAGAAUGAAGCUCAAUGUGUCAAUCAAUUCGGCUCAUACAGUUGUAUUUGUCGGCCCGGUUGGUAUGGCAUACACUGCACUCAACGUAAAGGUGACUGCAUGCAAUCCUCAAACUGGGAACUAUGUGGACAUGGCAUUUGCGUCAAUAGUAAUGACACUUUUGGCUACAAAUGCAUUUGCGAUCAAGGUUGGCGCACUAAUGGACUUAUUCCCGCUUGUACAGUAGAUGUGGAUGAGUGUGCUGUCGGUCAUACAGCAUGUUCGACAAAAUGCAUUAAUUUGCCUGGAUCCUUUACUUGUGCUCCUUGUGCAGCUGGUUUAACGGGCAACGGUAUUAAUUGUCGGGAUUUGAAUGAAUGCGCUGAAAACAAUGGUGGCUGUAGUCUGAAUCCAAGAGUUCACUGCAUUAAUUCCUAUGGUUCCUAUCAUUGCGAUGAAUGUCCGCUAGGUUGGUUGGGUGACGGCCGCACUUGUACACGCGCUUCUUCGAAUUCUGAUUUUGCUGGAUCUGGGCCAUCCACUUCAGGAGCAAUUGGUGCUGUAGCCAGUUGCACAUCCAAUAAUGUUUGUCAUCCUUCAGCUACCUGCAAUGAAAUUUCGAAUACUGUUGUUUGCAGUUGUCCUCCAGGCAUGAUAGGCAGCGGCAUUGGUGUAAAUGGUUGCGUACGUGGUUCUAAUAAAAAUUGCUUAAAUCAACCCUGCAAGAACGGUGGGACUUGUUUAGAUAGCGGCAAUGGUUAUGUUUGUCUAUGUCCUUUGGGUUUUGUGCAACCGAACUGCACAGCCAUUUCUAACGCUUGUGUGCCAAAUCCUUGCCUUAAUGGGGGACGUUGUAUAGCAAAACUAGGAGAACAUUACCAAUGCCAAUGCACACCUGGCUACACUGGAAAGCGUUGUGAAAGCCGCUUUAAUCGCUGCGGCGGUGUCUUAGCCGAUCCUGUGGGACGGCUAACUUAUCCUACAGGCUCUCCGUAUGAGCAUAAUGUACAGUGCGCUUGGAUUAUAAGAACCUCUGAGACACUGGUAUUAAAUGUAACAUUUAACCUGUUUGAGCUGGAAGACAGUACUGACUGUAGAUAUGACUGGCUACAAAUUAAUGAUGGUCGUACUGCAGCUGACCAGAUCAUUGGACGCUUUUGUGGUUCACAUAAACCUAAUGGCGGUAACAUUAUAUCGUCUACUAAUAAUUUAUAUUUGUGGUUUAAAUCAGAUAAUUCGACGGCCGCUCAAGGCUUCGACUUGGAGUGGCAAUCGAUACCGCCCCAAUGUGGUGGUGUUUUUACAGUUACAACGCACGGCACUUUAUCUACUCCAGGUUCGCCGGGUAACUAUCCGAAAAAUCGUGAUUGUCGUUGGCACUUGAAAGCUCCCUAUAACAAACGUUUGAAACUGACUUUCUUCAGUUUGAAUAUCGAAAAGCAUGAUAGCUGCAAUUACGAUUACGUAGAGAUAAAAGAUGCUAUCUCAGGCCAUAACUUGGAAAAGUAUUGCAACUCUUCACAUCCUCAACCGUUGUUAUUGCCCACUAACGAAGUUAAUAUACACUUCCAUUCUGAUAAUGUCGGCUCAGAUACGGGCUUUCAAAUUUACUACUCAACCGAAGAACGUAUACCGGGAUGUGGAGGCGUUUACACUUUAGCUGAAGGGCAAAUACAAGCACCGGUUUUAAUAGAAGAUUCGAUUGCUUGUGAAUAUGAAAUCAAAGUUCCGACUAGAGAGUCGGUCAUUUUAAACUUUGAGAAAUUCCAAAUGGCCCCUGAUGACUGUAUUAAGAUUUAUGGUGUUAACUCUGAGACACGAGAGCAAUCACUUCAAGCAAAAUAUUGCGGAGACUAUGAGGGACGGCUGCCUGUAGUAGAAAUCAAUUUUAAUGACGUUUUAGUAACGUUUUACGGCCAAAGUGGAGCAGCAUUUAAAUUAAAUUAUCGCUCACCUUGCUCAUUUACGUUUAACUCCGAAGAAGAUUUUAUAUAUUCACCCAACUAUCCCAAUAUAACUAAGGAAAUUAAUUUUUGCACUUACAAAAUUAACACCGAACCCAAUACCGUGAUUUCCCUUUACGUGACCGAUUUCGAUUUGAAAGAUUCCACUUUAGACGACAAAGGUUGCGUUUACACUUUCUUAGUGAUCGAAGACACUAUGGGAAAAAGUCCUUGGGAACCUUAUUGCAACGAAAAAACCCCAGCCCGGGAUUUCGUUUCAAAAUACAAUUUUUUGGAGUUGCUUUUUCGUAGUAGCUUAACGUCUUCGGGUCGCGGUUUCAAGAUCAAAUAUAAAGCGAUACCCAUGGGCAACAAAAAUUGUGGCGGUGUCUACACAAGGCCGGGUUAUACGAUACGUCUGCCUACUGACGAGGAGGGCUUGUAUAUGCACGAUAUGGAAUGCUAUUGGAUUAUAAGGGCACCAUUGAAUAAAUACAUCUUUCUAGAUUGGAAAUCAUUUAAAUUGGAGGAGUCGAGUGAUUGCAAUUACGAUUAUGUAGAGGUUUAUGAUAACUAUGCGAAUGCGAAAAAUAGUCAGCCGUUGGGAAGGUACUGCGAUGCUCAUCCCCCUGAUCCGAUGUUAACACAUUCGCGUACAAUUACUAUAAAAUUCGUUUCCGAUGCCUUUGACGCUAUGGAAGGUUUUGAAUUGAAUUACGAGUUCGUUGACGUCGUGAAUUCAUGUGGCGGUCACAUACAUUCGUCUGGUGGUAAAAUUAAUUCACCAACCUGGCCUCUGAACUACACUGAAAAUCUAGAUUGCCAUUGGAUUCUCAAUACACCGCCCGGUACGCAACUGGAGUUAAAUAUUGAAAUAUUUGACUUGGAGUAUACUAAGGAUUGCAGUCAUGAUUGGUUAGAUAUAAGGAAUGGAGGCUCUAACCAAUCCACAUUAAUAGGACACUUUUGUGGCAAUAUCUCUAGCGUACCACGUAAUAUACCUUCUUUUACCAAUCAAAUGUAUUUGCAUUUCCACACCGAUUCGUUUGUAAACUUACGGGGAUUCCAAUUGCGUUGGAAAGUUUUUUCGAACGGAUGUGGUGGUAACUUGAAAGCCAAAACUGGUGUUAUUACUUCACCUUUCUAUCCGAAGUCCUAUCCCAACGAAGCAGAUUGUGAAUGGCGUAUUCAUGUUCCUGCCGGCUCUGUAAUAGAGUUCACCAUCGAAGAUUUCGCUUUAGAGAGUUCAUCCAGUUGCCACUAUGAUGUAUUGGAACUGUAUGACGGUUCCAGUAUGUCUCACAAUUUGCUGGUCUCAUUAUGCGAUGAUGCCUCUUCUCGCGUAUACGUGACUACACGCAACGAAGCCUUGGUGCGUUUUGUAUCAGAUGACUCAAAUCGAGAAAGAGGUUUUGUCCUGUCUUUUAAAGCCAAUUGUUCAAUUAUUUUGACUAACGUAUUUGGUGUAAUCGAAAGUCCUAACUAUGGCGAGGCUCUGAAUCGAGAUGAUGAAGACAUUAACUGCACGUGGACGAUCAAAGCACCCAAAGGAAACCGAGUACAUUUAGAAUUUUCGCACUUUUUCAGUUUGGAAGAUAAGCAUUCUGUUAGUAUCCAAGACGGCAAUCAAACGUAUCAAAUCAGGGAAAUGUAUCAUAAUUUCAAUUCUUCAUCUGAUACUUUAAUUUUGAAACAAACCAACAAUUUGGUCAGCUUCCAAUUAGAAUAUAUAAUGGUGGGAUGCAUAAAAACUUUUCACGAAAUGAGUGCGAACUUUACAUCGCCACAGUAUCCGAAGCCUUACGAUAAUAACUUGGAGUGUUUAUGGGAAAUAUUUACUAGCCCAGGUCAAGGCAUAGAAGUAACGAUCGCAAAAUUAGAUGUGGAAGACUCAGUUAACUGCACUAAAGACGCUCUACUGAUUACGUCUCAUCCUAAAAAUCCCAAUGUCAAAGAGAGACACUGCGGCCAUCAUAUUAACUUAAUUAUCACCAGUGCCACUCAUUACUUACUAAUUAAAUUUUAUAGCGAUGAUAAAGGAAAUGGCAAAGGAUUUACCGCCAGUUACAAAAUCAUAAAAACUUCAUGUGGUGGCGUUUUAUCUAGUAAAAAUGGCAUAAUCACUUCACCCCACUAUCCCAAUAAUUAUCCUCAGAAUUCCGAUUGUGAGUGGUCUUUAACCGUGUCGCCCCUUCAUUCAAUUGUUUUGACGAUAAUCGAGCUGGAUAUAGAAGACUUUUCCAGUUGCAGUAUGGAUUAUGUGGAUGCUAGCGAGACGUUGGAUGAUGCGGUAGAACCGUCGCAACUUUUUAAACUUUGCGGCACGUUGGAAACGAAAAACGUAACGACUUGGCGUAGUUCAACAAACUCUGUUACUGUACGAUUUCAUACUGAUGACACAAUUACCAGUAAAGGAUUCAAGUUAAGCUAUCAUGAGGAUUGCGGUGGACGGGUUAUUCUAGAAGACGAAGGAAACUGGGCUACAAAAGAGAUAAGUGUCGUAAAACAUGCAGACGUUAAUCAAACUUGUCAAUGGCAAUUGGAAGCGAAAGAUCUAAGUGAACAUGUAGCCCUCUCUAUAACGCAUGUAGACUUGAAUCCCACAUGGUCUCGAGAGUACCGCACAGAAGGCGAAUGCUUGAAUAAGGGAGCUGUAGUUUAUGAUGGCCCUUCUGAUACGGGGCCGGAGAAAGCAAGGUUUUGCAAAGUUCAUCCUCCUUAUUUAGUAUCCAACGGUCAUGCUUUAACACUUACGGUACCAUUAAGUAUAAUAAGUGAAUUCGAAGCUACUGUAGCGAAGCUAUCUAGUAUCUGUGGUUUCACUGUCACGAUCUUUCAACGUUCACUCACAGGAAAGUUUUCUUCUCCUUAUUAUCCAUCAUCAUACCCUGUCAGUAUGCAAUGUUUUUGGGAUAUAAAUGCCAGUGCCGGUAAUCAGGUAGUAUUAGUAAUAGAAUCUAUGGAUAUAGAAGAGUCAGAAAGCUGCAACAACGAUUACGUAGAAGUAAGGCGUAAUGAUUGGACUACGACGCCACUAGGAGUAUUUUGUGGUAGCGAAGCACCUGGCCCUAUAGGACCCGCCGAAAUUUUAUUGGUAACAUUUAACAGCGACAGUAACGAAGUCGUGGGAAAGGGUUUUAUAGCUUCUUAUAAUUACGUCAUGCAUAAUGAAAUAAACGGUACUAAUGGUGUAAUUGAAUCACCUGGCUAUCCCACGAAAUUCCACAGUGACGAGAAAUAUAGCUGGCGUAUAACAGUGGAUAAAAAUUACGUCAUUUUACUAAAUAUAAAAUAUAUCCUUGAUGAAGAUAUUCCUUAUAUAAAGUUUUAUGAUGGUUAUACGGACAUAGGAGCACCGAUAGAAUUUGAUAAUUCCCAUGUUGUACAAAGCAAUACCAAUGUUUUAUACUUUACUUCCACUCGUGCUCCCUUUCAAUUUGAAUGGCAUCAGCUGUCAAAAGAAGCGCUACGCGCAAACCGCACCGCUUUGCUUAAGACUACCAUCUGUGGACCUUCAACUCUUAAAAUCGAUAGCCCAUUAACAUUCAGUUCACCCGGUUAUCCCAGAGGUUACGCUGAUAGCCUAAAUUGUUCCUGGUUGAUUGUUUCAGCCAAUCCUCUCGCCCAUGUUGAAUUAAAAAUUAGGGAAAUAGAUUUGGAGGAUUAUACGGAAUGUGCAGAUUACGUUGAGGUCUAUUCAAGCUCGGAUUUGCAACAUUGGCACUCGCUAACGAAAAUGUGCAAGAAAACUGCCGAUACUAUUGUCGAAUACAAAGGCGUGCCAUACUUGAGAAUGGAUUUUAUUACCGACACCUACAUUAAUAAAACGGGUUUCAUGGCUGACAUUAACAUUGAGUGUGGAUCGCUACUUACAGAAAGGCGUCGUUUGGUUAAUAUCACACAGUUACUUAAUAAUCGCAAUCGACUACGCAUGGAAUGUGUUUGGACUAUACAGGUGCGGCAGGCGCGGCGCAUUAAGAUAACAUUUCCAGAGUCUAUUUUAAUGCCAGACAGUUCAAAUGAUAAUAAUUGCCGUACAUACUUCUUGGUGAGGAACGGCAUAAACGAAGAUUCUCCUUUCCUUGGGAAAGGGAAAUAUUGUGAUAACCAUAUAACAGACGUUUUGGAAACGUCAUCUAAUCGAGCCUAUAUAAAAUUCCUUAGAAAUGGCUUUCCCGACUUUCGCGCCUCUUUUCAUUACGAAGAAAUGGUCCAGGGCUGCUCGAAAGAAAUAGUCUUAAGCGACGAAUACCAGCUUGAUAGUCAACAAACAAUAACUUCGCCCAAUUACCCCAAUCUACCCAAUCCUCACUCCGAAUGUAUUUGGAUAAUAAGAGCCCCUUUGCAUAAAUCUAUCAGCAUUCAUUUCUGGGGCAAAUACGAUUUAGCAAUUGGUUCUCAGUAUAACAUCUGUAAUCGCGAAUAUAUUCAGUUUAAUGACGGUUCAACCGAAAUGUCACCUUUAUUGGGACGUUACUGUGGUCGCACAAAGCCGAAUAGCGUACAUUCUUCCUCCAAUGUAAUACGUAUGAUUUAUUUCACAGAUUUGUCUGAACCUCACGUCGGUUUCAAAGCCAAUGCAACAAUAGCACGUUGCGGUGGCUCAUAUUAUGACAGUGAAGGUACCAUUAAGUCUCCAGAGUUUAUCAGAUUUUUAGACCGCGAAGAGGAAGUUCAGUGCAUUUACACUAUUGAAAUGCCUGUAGGGUCGACCAUUAGUUUGACGAUUGAUCGCAUUAAUCUGCCCGACAAUGACAAUUGCACCGAAGACACUCACCUCGAGUUGCAAGAGAUCGACGUUUUUAGUUCACCAGAGGAUAAUGUAACUGACAUUUUGUACUUAUGCGGCACUUCAACCAACGUUUACAUUGUGGAGACUAAUAAAUUGUUGAUCAAAUUUAAGAUUAAAAAAGAACUCCUUAAAAGCGAGGACUUUCAACUGAGCUAUUCUUCGAUUGGUACACGAUGUGGCGAAACUAUAGUAGCUGCGGCUGGUGUACUGCAAACUCCCGGCUAUCCGAUAGGAGUGCGUAAACCAACAAUGUGUUCUUGGCGACUCAAAGUCACUAAGGGUAAACGAAUUAAAGUAGAAAUUUUGGAUUUCAAUGGGAAUUCCCCGAACACCCUGGCGGCUCAUAUGCGAAGGAGGCCUGGCUUUCCUAACCGUAUACUAUUUGCUAAUGAUUUUGCCAUGACCUCAGUUAUAGCUAGAGUUUUGGAAAACCCUCCGGCAAUUCUAUAUUCCACUGACAAUACUAUGGCUAUUGACGCGUUUCUUCUAUCACUCACAGAAAAUCGUGGCUUUAAAUUAAGGUUCUCUUCAGAUGAGGACUCCAUACAAUGUCACAAUAAAAUGUAUUUAGAAGUGAGCACCGAACCGAGGGUUUUAACUUUUUCUGCUGACGGCAAUAGCGCCAUUUAUUGUGCCUACAAUUUUAAAAUUGAAUAUAAUCAGACCCUGGCUUUGCAUGUAUUGCGCCACGAGUACUAUCAGACACGUGUUAUGUACUCCCCAGUAUGGUGCAAUGUCUUGUCGCCAUUGGCUUUAAUAAGAGGAGAAAACAAAUUAUUACCUCAACUGAUGUGUCGAAAUGAAACGCAACCAUCUGUCCGCUUUCCUUACUCCGCUCAAGCAAUAUUAUCGGCCUCGAAGCAAAAUCAACUGAAAGCUUUAGAACUACAAUAUCAAGUCUUUAAAUGCGGUGGUUUUUGGCCCAUGGACUAUUUUGGGAAAUUUGUUAUUACUGAGCCUCGUAUGACAAACCAUACUGGUCGUGUGGAGUGCGCUUGGGCCGUUAUGAGCCGGGAGGAAAAAAUUGAUUCUGCUGACAUAGGAACUAUCCAAUUAGAGGUCCAACUCACUACUGACUUUAAAGGCAAAUGCGACGAUGAGUAUUUAAUUGUGUACAACGGGCCGAAUCAAAACUAUCCACACUUUGGACGAUUUUGCCAACAAUCAUCAAUGGCCCCGAUGGUAGUUACCGGCGGUUUAUUUUUUGAAUUUAUUACAAACAAUUACAACAGUCGCUCUGCUCUAAAUGUUACGGUAACUGAGGGUAGCGGUUGUGGCGGCAAGCUGACGUAUCCUUAUCGUGAACUAACAAUAUUUUCCAGAGAUAAAAAUAAUAUGGAAUGUAUAUGGGAGUUGGCCACGGAGCCCGGUUUCCAUUUGGCAGCUGUUUUUAAAUACAGUUUUUUUCUUGAAGAUAGUCCAAAUUGCACCAAAGAUUACUUAAAGAUUCAGCAACGUUCGCCGGGUGAAGAAUGGACGGAUUUGAAGACUUUAUGCGGUCGUUCUCGACCGAACUCAGUUAAUACUACCGAAGUUGAAAUGCGUGUUAUCCUGCGUACCGAUAACGAAACAACCGGCGAUGGGUUCACUUUAGCAUUUGACCGUAAUUGCGGUGGCAUAUUUUACGCAACUAAUGAAAUGCAGCAGAUUCAUUCACCUGGCUACCCUGAACCUUACCCCGCGAAUUUAACUUGUAACUACACAAUACUGCCAUCGAAACACUUACAGGACCAAGUGGGAGGCAAUAAUUUAUUGGUACACUUUUUAGAAUUCGAAGUGGAGGACGCUCCCAUGAUCUCUUGUAGAUUUGACAAUGUUACCAUUUAUGCCACGGAUUAUUAUGGUAAUGUGGAGAAGACUGUACUUUGUGGGAAGAAAAGCAAUUAUAUGGUCAGAGCAAACAGAGCGAUAACACUUAUUUUGCGCACUGACGAAUCUUUCAACUCGAAGGGAUUUUUAUUUGAGUAUGGCCCUAAUAAAUGUGGAGGUUUAAUAACGAAUUCCACUAUAAUUAGUUCACCAAAAGAUUACAAUAGCGAUAAAUAUCCUCGCAGUACUAAAUGCAUUUGGCAUUUAAACGCUCCGGAGCAUUAUAAAAUUUUAUUAAAAUUCGAAGAAUUAGACUUCGAAUCGCAGAGCCUGUGCACCUUUGAUGGUAUAGAGAUAUACCAGGGCGUUAAGGAGGUCGAGGAUCAACGUUUAGCUAAAUUAUGCGGAAAUUUAACCAAUCAUUUGAAGUUCAUGCAAAUACCCCAAAAUAACGGUUUACUGGUCAGUUAUUCCGAUAUGCAUGAUCCUUCAAAAGGUUUUAGGGUCUUGGUUACCUUUAUAAAGAAUUGCGAUCGAAAUAUAUUUCUCUCAACCAACAAUGAUAGCUAUGUAUUUAAUACUUAUAUCGAGCAAUACACAAACAAUUUGGAUUGCUCUUGGGUUUUCAGUACUACUAGCGGACGGCAGCUAAGUAUAGAGUUUACUAAUUUUCAUAUAGAAGAUUCUGUGAAUUGCAAGAACGACUACCUAGAGGUAAGAGAUGGUAAUGGCGUGUUUGCGGACUUAAUCGGAAAAUUCUGCGGCCACAAUACGCCGCCGGCGCUGAUGUCUUCGGGUAGAGCAGUACUAAUGCGGUUUGUUACAGAUAUGAAAGAUACUAGUGGAGGUUUUGCGGCCGUUAUCAAAUCAGUCCCAACUUUAUGCGGACGGCAGAGUUUCAAUUUGGACAAUAAUCAGACUGUAAUUAUUAAAUCCCCUGAUGAUGGUUCGGGCAAAUAUCCCAUCAAUAUUAAUUGUAUAUGGAAAGUUCAAUGUGCAACUUUUAUACAUUUUGAAUUUGAAAAAUUAGAUCUGGAGGGCCCAGAUAGCAACCGUUCCUGUUCUAACGACUACUUAAAAAUAAUUAAUAAUGAUGAUGUAGAAAUGAUCGAAAAAGGUUAUGGAUCAAAACUAGUUUUUAAUGGUAUUACUCCUAACUCAAUAUCUUCAAGCUACGAUUUCCUGGCAGAACAUAUUUACUGUGGCUCUCAGAAACCGAGCGAUUACUUUAGUGGCUCCAAAACAGUUUUCAUUAAAUUCAGAUCUAAUGAAAAUGUAACAAAAUCGGGAUUCAAUUUAAAGGCUACACCCGCCCACGGUUGUUAUCGUAACUUUACUGGUGUACAUGGAAGUAUCAGACUUGAAGAAUAUGUUGACCACUGCGAUGUGUAUAUACGAUCACCUCAAAACACUACGCUCAGCUUAUAUUAUCGAGAGGCAACGUUUACUGAAUACGAUUGUUUGAAAGAAUAUAUGGAGGUUUUUGAUAUUCAUACAAAUACUUCAUUGCAAAAAAUUUGCAGUUAUGCAGAAGUAGGUAAAGCGUUGUUUAGUCUUACAAAUGAAUUGCGUUUGCAUGUUCAACUCAGUGGUUACUACACUCAACUGUCAAUAACUUAUGUGGCUUCAACGGAUGGUCCAGGAUGUGGUGGUGACAUCUACAACACUGGUGGGGUCAUAACAAGUCCUUUUUAUCCACAAAAUAUACGCAAUAAUUCCGAUUGCCGUUGGAACAUACGUGUACCGAGCAAUUUGCAAGUUCUGCUUAAAUUUCUAGUUUUCGAUUUGGGAGCCAAGAGUACUUGUCACACUGAUUAUUUGCAGAUUAUCGAAUACGAUCAAGGUGGUACGGAAAAAAUUAUGCGUCAAUUUUGUGGCGAGGACAAUCCUCAGAACUAUAAAAGCGGCAAGAGCUUUCUGAGUGUACGAUUCCACAAAACUGUUAACUAUGACGGCACGGGUUGGGUUAUAACCUUUGAAGGUGUUUAUGAAGCAGCAUCAGCAUUAGAACCAGCACUAGCACCAGCACCAGUACCAGCACCAGCACCAGCACCACCAUCAGCACCGGCAACAGCAACAGCAGCAGCAGCAUUAAGUUUGUCGUAA